AUGAAUGAAUGCAAAUCGUCAGAAGAUGAACAGCAAAAGCUGGAAACAGGCCACGGUCCGACACGUGCGACCAGGCUGCUGUAUUUCAGCGCAGUGGCGAAAUUCCCUGGCCUGCAGCGGGCAGAGUAUUGUGGAUGCACUGGCGACAGACGUGAUCGCCACUCACCGCCCCUGGCGCCAUCAGACGCCGGCCACCUGCCUCGCAGCCGCCGGCCGCAGUGCGCGCUGCCGGGCCGGGCGCCAGCGCGGCCGGCUCCCCCCACCCCUGGCGCGGCGCGCGGUCCCCUCCCCGCCCCGCCCCGCCCCUUCCCCGCCCCCCGCCGCGCCGCGCCACGCCCUCCCGCGGGCCGCGGGCCGGCCGGCGCUUCCGCGACGCGCCCGCUCCGCUCGGGCCCCGGCAACCGCGGCCCGCAGCGCAGCACCGCGCCCCCAGCACUCGCCGGGCCGCCCAUGACUACCGAGUACCGAGGCCGCGACGCCGACGCCGACGCUCCGCGCAGCCCCCGCCGUCCGCGGCGCCGGCGCCCCAUGGAGACGGUGGUGCACCUGGAGCGAGGCGGCAUGCCGCCCCAGGCGCAGAUGGCCUACGCCCAGCGGGCUGCGGCGCUGCACAGGUUAGUGCCGUGCCUGGGGGCUGGCUGGCUGCACAGCUCCUCCUCCUCCUCCUCCUCGUGCCGCCACGACUCCACGGCCGCUAUCGAUUUUCGCUGCGCCGAGCCGCGCCGGGUAGCGCCGCUUGUUUUUGUUUACAUUGCAGCGGCGCCGCCCCUCCAGCGCCGCACCGCCCCUCCCGCCGCUAGGGAACCCCCCACCACCGCCUCACCCUACCCCGCCAGCCGACUCACACCACUGUCUCCGAGUCGCCGGCCCGCCGCGCUACAACAGUUGCCUACUAUUGACAUUCUUCCCCUCCGCUGCAGAAUUUACUGCCGAAACUCGCAUUAA